AUGGUGGACUCUUUUAAGGAGGCAAUGAUGAAAGAAUAUGAAAUGACAGAUCUUGGAUUGCUGAAGUAUUUCCUUGGAAUCCAAGUGAUGCAAUCAAAAGGGGAGAUCUUUAUCACUCAAGAGAAGUAUGUUUCAGACAUGCUUAAAAAGUUCAGAAUGGAGAACUCUAAUCCAGCUCCAACUCCCAUGGCCUUGAAUGAGAAACUUCAGGUGUAUGAUGGUGCAGAAAAAUCAGAUCCCAAAAUCUAUAGAAGUCUUGGGUGUUCCUUAAUUUAUCUCACUAAUACAAGGCCAGAUAUAGUGCAUUCAGUUAGUUUGGUUUCCAUAUUUAUGAAUGAACCAAGUAAGCUUCAUUUUGCAGCAGUCAAGAGGAUUCUUCGCUAUCUUCGAGGAACUAAGAAGCUUGGGAUCAAAUAUGUGAAUGAAGAAGACAACAAGCUUGUUGGAUAUACAGAUAGUGAUUGGGCUGGAAGUCUUGAUGACCGAAAGAGCACUUCAGCCUAUGUUUUUUGUCUUGGCUCUAAGCCUAUCUCAUGGAGUUCUAAAAAGCAAAACUCAAUUGCUUUAUCAUCAGCUGAAGCUGAAUUUAUUUAA